CAUGCGCUUCGCAUUUCAGACCGGAAUCGCAGAUCAAAGCAAUGGGUGCAGCCAAGAUCCUCGCCAUAACCUUAUUUGUAGUCGCAACUGACGUUUGCCUUUCUGCUCCUAAGCAACAUGAAGCCACAGGGGGGUUUCUGCCCAGCCCCAGUAGCUAUUUUCUUCAGUCGGGCGAUCAGAUCGCGAUGGAAUCGAAGUCCAGCAAUCAGACUGCGAUACACAGGAGAAGUGAGAGCAGGAAUGAUGUAAUAGCAGAGCCAAGCAAUGACAUAGGCGAUCGGCGGCAGGAGCCCAGGUUCGGUUUCCUUACAUAUGGAACUACAGCAAUCCAGAAUUCAGGCUCCACAGGUUUGAGUGGUUUGAACGGCCAGCUCAAGCUAGACCUCGGAGGAGUUGUCCUUGGUGCCAUAAUAGGUUUUGGAGCUGUCUUUAUACUUCCCAAAAUCCUUCACGUGCUCAGUGUUGGCCAUGAUACCACAGGUUUUGGUGGGGGAGGUGGCAGCUAUGGAUACCGAAGUGAAAAUGAGAAGAAAUUGGGAAUCAUGGAUGUUCUGUCCCGCGUAGAUGAGACACUAGCGCAGUACAAUAUUGACUCCUCCUCAUGCAUGCAGAGAGCAGUUUGUUCUUACAUAAAACUUGCUUCAGAGAAGGUAACUGAUGGAUCGGCCAGCAGCCUGGAUGAACUUGUAGAUUCUGCAGCAGCAAAUUCUGUCGUGAAUUUUUUGCUUGAUGGAACAAGCAUCAAGCAAGCAGUGGAGAUGGGCCAAAGUGGAGGUAACUGUGGAACCACAUAUUCAAGAUGCCCAUUCACCAAAGAGAGUCUCUUCGCUGCCAUCAAGGGUCUCAUGGCAGAUGAGAAAUGAGUGAAAAGCUGUAAAUAAUGUUGUUAUUGUUAAGUUUUUACUCAUUGGGUGCUAAUGUCUGGCAUUUUACUAGUGCGGUAAUUCAUGUUUAAUUAAAUGCUGUGUGACAAUAUCCAGAGUGUUGCUGUAGAGAUAAAAUGUUUGGACAUCCGUUAUUAAUAUCAUCAAAAUUAAUAUCAUACUCCGUAGCUUAUGAAAAGAAAGGUUGUGCUUAUAUUGUCAGAUGUGCUUGACGAUCUUAUGGACUGAGAAAAAGUCUUAAAUUUCUUCCUUCUUCCCAAUAUUUAUCCUGUUUUGAUUUCUUGCCAGGUCUUUUCUGUCUUCUUGCAGCCUUCCCGUACCUGGUUCAACCAUCUUGUUCUGGGGUUUCCCACACAUCACUUUUCUUUAAACUUUUUUUUUGUAAUUCUCUCUGUGGUAUCCUAUUCAUGCUUUUUGCAUGGCUAAACCAUUGUAAUCGUUAUUCAUCUAAAUCUUACCUGUUAACUCUCUCAUUUCAUUUCUAUUUUUAUCCCUUUUUUGCCCUCUAUUUUCUAUAGAUGAAAACCAGCAUACAUUAUGCAGUAUUUUUUUCUUAGAUCAUCCACCAGCUGUUCACUGAAACAAACUCAUUUUUGCUGUUUAUUUUUUAUGCCUGUGCUUAACAUGUUGGUUGCCAUGUUACAUAGCAUAUUGAUGUACCAUGAGACCCACUGGGAGCACACACUGAAACCAGUUCAUAUGAACAAAUUAUGCACAAGACUGUGACUUAUGAUCAGUGAGCAGUACCAUAAAAUAAAUUUUCUCAUAUAUGGCAGUGUUUUAACUUGUCUGCCUCCUUUGUAGAAUUGUUUUAUCAGUAAGGCUGUCAUGUUAAGUCUGUGUUUGAUCAGUGAAAAUUCUGAGAGAUCUCAAUUAUUAGCACAACUGUAUAAAUAAAAUAGAAUGUCACAAGUUGUUAAUGGUCUGGCAGAAAAUAAAUCACUAGUUGAAUACUCAGUGAUUUUUAUGAUAAUAUUUAUAUAUUGAAAUAUAUGUGUCAUUAUGAAGGAGAAGAUUUUUAUUUAA